AUGGCUCACAAUGGCCACGGCGGAAUUUUAACGACGAAACAAACGAAGAAGAAAAAAGAGAGAAAAAAAAGAAUUUCAUCAUUUAGCAAUCGGAGUUUUCAUCCUACGGCGUUCAUUAUCGACUGCAAGGGACGACCAUUAUCGACUGCAAGGGACGACCAAGACAUAGAUUAUCGCUCACGGGACAUGACGGGAUCGGACAAACAAGAACUUUUGAUAUACGGUUUAAUUCAGACGGGCCCGGAGAGAGAACAUACACGGCAUUUUCUCGACGACUCGUUACCUUUAUUUCACCAUUGCCAUCAGCGGGCUGCAUGA